GCACUUGAAACUGGCCAAGCUGGCCAAGCAUGUGCUCAAGGCCUUGUGGUGCCACAGUUGCCAGCGAUUUCUCAGAGCGACCCAGCUCUUAGGCAUCUUGCUGACACAUGAAGGCUGCGGGGCUUGCAUUGAUUUUAGCUUUUGCAGCUGGAGGCAUUUUUGGAACUGAAGCAGGGACAUGGAGGCUUCAGCGAGUCGUGAAUUUUGUUUGGCGCAAUCUGGGAGUUGAUAUACGCUUGCAGCGCGCAUACCAGCAUCCAUUUUCUGGGUACGGGCUAUACAACUUUUCCACAGAAAGCUGGCCAAGUAUUGAAAGGCGACCUUUGUCUUCCUUGACUUCCGAUGAAUUCAAGGAAAGAUAUGUGAAAGGGCGCAGACCUGUGAUUUUGACCGACAUCAAACCACAGCUUCAGUGGACUCCGAAGAACCUUUCUCUUCGAUGCGGAACAAUGCCAGUCUCUUUUGAUCGUCGCUAUUCUGCCGGAUUGAGAGCCAUUCCUUCAUGGAUGAGGAAGUUGUUUUUGGACUCCAGAACAUUGCUCACAUAUAACCACACGACUGAACAUGUCCUGGAGGCGAUGCAUGCAUCCACGACUUUGGAAGAGUAUGUGAGCAGAUUGGACAAGGAUCAAAACUCGAUUUCCCUUGCAAAGAAAGUCACAGAUGGCCGUUUAUACUCUGGAAAUAUUGCUGACUACAUUUUCCCAGUUAUGCUUAGUGCGCAACACAUAGAACGCGGUCACUGUGAUGACUUGAUAAGUGAAGGCAAGGCUGUUUUGCGAAGGUUGAUCGAAUUUGCAGCUGCGGGGCGCCACGACCCUCCAAAGUUCGGAGCAAUGAAUCCAGUCCUGUUUGUUGCUCCUGCUGGAUCAAGAGCCAUUCCACUGCAUCAACAUGGUCCAUUCAAUGACAAUUUGCUUUGGAUGCUUCACGGCUCCAAAAAGAUUGUGACUGUUUCUCCUUCUUCAACAGAGUGGCUCUACGAGAGGCCUGAAUUUGGAGGCAGCGAGUAUGCAGACCGAGUCUUCUCUGCUGACGUUCUGGAGCCUGAUGCAAGUGUUCAACCAGAUGUCCGGCAUGUUCGUGGCAUGGAAGGAAUCAUUUCUGCGGGUGAGCUGAUCUAUCUUCCUGUCAAUGUCCCGCAUGCUAUUCAGACACAGGAUGGGACAAGCGUGAUGCUUGCCUGGCAAAUGCCAGUUCCUGGAAUAGCGCGACUAUUCUGGAUGAAGACAUGCUCUUUCUUGGAGGAGUUGUCUGAUUUCCCACCAUGGGCUGAGAAAUGCGCAAUCUUGAAGAAACUGAUGAGCGAGAACCAAGAAGCUUCAGAUUGAACAGGGAAAAAAC